GUGUGUCGAUGCAGUAACUGGUAGACUCAACGGCAACAUUCACCAUGAAGUUCUCCAUUUUUCUGGCCUGCCUACUGGCAGUACUGACGCCAGCUCUCGGUAGACGGAUUGUCGGCGGGUCAGAGUCCGUACCGCACAGUCGACCCUACCAGGUGGCUCUCUAUGACGACCCCAGUGGUGGCUACCAGUAUUGCGGUGGUACCCUUAUCCACCAACGAUGGGUCGUUUCAGCUGGCCACUGCAAGACGAGCUCAGAUGUCUUCGUAGGUUUGGGUUACCACGAUAAGUACAACCACGGUGCGGCCGGCCUGCAGUUAAUCAGGGGCACAUGGUUUCGCCAUCCCUUGUUCCACAGCGGCACCCUCGACAACGACAUCGCUUUAAUCCAACUAGACAGCCAUGCCAACGUCGUCAGCCCUAACAUCGCCCCCAUUAGGAUCGCCAACAAACGGCCUGUUAAGGGAAAGAACCUGCUCGUGAGUGGGUGGGGGACAACAUCAAUGGUAGGGCCAAGCUCAGAUACGCUGAGGGAAGUGGUCGUUAAAGUGCAGACCAGAACUGCUUGCAGAGACGCCCAUAAACCUGCAUUGAUCACUGACAACAUGUUUUGUGCGGCUGCAAAAGGAAAAGACUCCUGCCAGGGUGACGACGGUGGCCCAAUUGUCAGCGGCUACGGAGAUGGCACUCACGACCCCGGCACCACCCUGGAGGGUAUUACCAGCUGGGGUAACGGCUGCGCUGAUUCUAGAUAUCCCAGUGUUUAUAUUGCCGUUGGCCACUACUGUGAUUGGAUCGCGCACACUACUGGCGAUGCCGUCACGUGUCAAACUCCGGCUCUCGGCAGACUGAUCGUCGGCGGGAAAGAGUCUAAACCAAACAGCCGACCCUACCAGGUGGCCAUCUAUGAUUCGAAAGAUGCUGACCAUCAGUUUUGCGGUGGUACCCUUGUCCACAAACGAUGGGUCGUUUCAGCAGGUCACUGCGCGGGUGGCACGGUCUACGUCGGUUUGGGAUACCACGAUAAGUACGACCACACGCUGUCUGGCCAGCAGUUGAUUAAGGGCACAUGGUAUCGCCAUCCAGGUUACACCACCUACUUUGAUAAUGACAUCGCCUUGAUCAAACUGAGCAGCGAUGCCGACCUCAGCAGCACAAAAAUCGAAACCAUUUCAAUCACCAAGAGCCCACCUUCUGCAGGAAAGAAUCUGCUCGUGAGUGGAUGGGGAGAUCUCCAGAGUGGAGGAUAUUCUUCAAGAGUUCUCAGGGAAGUGGAGGUUCAAGCAGAUUCCAUGGCAACUUGCAGAAAAGCCUAUGGGUCGUCAGCGAUCACGGAUAACAUGUUUUGCGCCUCUGCUUCAGGAAAAGACGCCUGUCAGAAUGACAGCGGUGGCCCAAUUGUUAGCAACUACGGGGCUAGCAGCCACAAUCCUGGCACCACCCUGGAGGGCAUUGUCAGCUGGGGUGAGGGCUGCGCUAAACCUGGGUACCCAGGUGUCUACGCUAUCGUCAGUAACUACUGUGACUGGAUGGCGCAGACUACUGGCGGUGCCGUCAAGUGUUAAAGUAAGAGAGUUCCCUACCGAUUGCCGAGGGAUGGACACGCCGCUGAUUGCUACGAGAGAAAGGGAUUUCUGGUGCGCGGUCUCUCGGCAUUCGAUCACCGUUGUUAACAGCACUGGGAUUAAUUAAGUAUCAGAAUAACUCAUUGUCAAACUAUAAAUCAAUAGAUAAAAAUUGUGCCAAAGGAGAGAACUUUGCACAGUUUAAUACCAGGGAUACUUUUUCUGCUUCCGUACAUUUCCAGUUUUAAUAAGAAAAGGGUGCGUCAAGUGAAUGAAACAAUACAAACUGCUCUUGCACAAACUUCUUCUGAUGUUUCUCUCCAGCAUACAAAGUACUUUUCUCGGACAAACCUGUGUUGUUGCUGUUAACACUUCACAUGAUUUGAUCUUACAGAUCGGGAUCCAAAUUUGGGUAUAUGCUGUUAUAAGUUUUAAUUUCGUUAAUA